AUGGAGUCCGGAAUACCAUACCGCGAACAAGAAUCCCAGGAGGUAGCAAAUCUUGUCCGAGACCUAGGAAACAAGGCUGGCAGAGGUGUUAAGGCCAGGAAGACCACUUACGAGAUCAAGGGAUCAGACAGUAUCACUGUAGAUUCUUGGCGUUUCAACGAUUGGGAUUACAAGAAACGAAAUUUGCCUACUUAUGCCCGAGGUCUAUUCACAACAAGGAACCGUAGUGGUCAUCACUCGAUUGUCGCGAGAGGUUAUGACAAAUUCUUCAAUACUGGAGAGGUCCGGGAGACCGAAUGGCAGAACAUACAAAACAAGACCAAAGGCCCAUACGAACUGACUCUGAAGGAGAACGGUUGCAUUAUAUUCAUCAGUGGCCUUGAAGAUGAGUCCCUUCUCGUAUGCAGCAAACACUCUACCGGAGACCGUAGUGAUAACGAGGUCAGCCACGCCAGUGCUGGUGAGAGAUGGGUUGACAAGCAACUAGCUACUAUUGGCAAGACUAGGGAAGAGCUUUCCCGGGAAUUGAGAAGAAGAAACGUGACCGCCGUAGCCGAGCUUUGCGACGAUUCUUUCGAAGAGCACAUCCUGGCUUACGGCCCAGAAAAAGCCGGUCUCUAUCUCCACGGUAUCAACGUCAACGUACCUGAGUUCAUGACCUACUCUAGUAAUCAUGUCCAACAGUUCGCCGACGAGUGGGGCUUCCGCAAGGUUGGGCUUCAAGUAUACGAUAAUGUCGACGCUGUCAAGACUUUCCUGGAGAGUGUUGCAGAGUCAGGAGCCCACGAAGGUCGAGACGUCGAGGGAUUUGUUAUUCGCUGCAAAAUGUCCGUCAACCCAGAGCAAGAACCUUACAACGACUGGUUUUUCAAGUAUAAAUUUGAAGAGCCGUACUUGUUGUAUCGACAAUGGCGAGAAUGCACCAAGGCUUUGAUCGCCGGCAAACCCGCCAAAUUCAAGAAGCACGUUAAGAUUACCGAAGAGUACUUAUCGUACGCGCGUAAGAGACUUGCUGCAGACUCUAAAAUGGCAAAGGCCUAUAACCAGAAUCACGGCAUCAUCGCCCUCCGGGAUGAUUUCCUAACAUACAAGAACAUGAAGGGUUCGGAUGCGGCUAAUGUCGAGAACGACUUUGGAAAUAACGAAUCGGGAUCCGUUUCCCGAGAUGUUGUACUUGUUCCUAUUGCCACCAUUGGCUGUGGCAAGACUACAGUUGGCAUCGCCCUGACGCAUCUUUUCGACUGGGGCAUAAUCCAGAAUGACAAUAUACAGGGCAAGCAGCGCCCUGCCCAGAUGGUCACAGCUGUUAAGAAGCUUUUACUGGAACACCCUGUCGUCAUCUCAGAUAGGAACAACUCGGAACGUCGGGAACGAGCCCAGAUCAUCAAGGACAUCCACUUACAGCAUAAGGAUGCACGGCUAGUGGCUCUAAAUUUUACCCAUGGCAAUAUCGAUGAGAUUAAGAGAGUAACUAGAGAACGCGUAUUGAAACGAGGAGAUAAUCAUCAAACUAUCCAAGCCGCUUCGGACAAGGCCAAGGUGAUUGGGAUUAUGGAUAAUUUCAUCCACAGAUUCCAGCAUUGCGACCCAGAGAGUGAUCCAGAUAACGGCUUCGAUCUAGUCAUCGAUCUAGACCCUAUUCUAGAUAGCCGUGUUAAUGUGGAGACGGUGAUCAGGGAAUUACACCAGAAGUAUCCGUCAUUGGUCACCAACAUCCCCAGCGGUGAAGAUAUCGACGAGGCCGUCAAGGCUGCAAUCGAGAAUUAUAAACCUGAUCUGAGGCACAAUAUCCCCGACCGGAAUAAAGGACGGGAUAAGAAGCAGAAUCAGCAAUCUAAGAAUCAAGAACCGCAGGCCCCCAAGAAGAAAGCACUGGAAUACAUGUCGAUCUCUGUCCCCGCCAAGGACAUUAACGUUGCCCUUGAAGCCGCGUUUAAGGGAACCGACCCCCAAACCCAGCGAUUCUAUAAGCAAUUACAGCAAACGCGACGCAUCCAGCCGCUCUUCCAUGUGACACUAAUGCACCGUGCCUCAACGAAGGAGCACCCAGAACUAUGGCAACGGUAUACGGCAUUAGAAGCUAAGAACCAGGACCAAGAUGGAAAGAUUGGUGAAUGCGACGUCCAACUAGAGCGUGUCGUAUAUGACCAGCGCAUCAUGGCAGUGGUCGUGCGAAUCCUCGACGAGGAACAGAAAUGGACUUGCGUUAACAAGGUGCCACACAUCACAAUCGGAACACGGGAUGAUGGUGUUAAGCCUAAGGAAAGUAACGACUUGCUUGCAAAAUGGCUGCAGAACGGCAGUGGAGACAGUACAGGUAUCGGCGAGAGAUUAAUCGAGGGCCAACCCGUGGUUAAGGGUAGCGUACGCGGCGUGCUGUCGAGAUAG